GAGGUUCUGAUGUGACGCAGGUGUAUUCGUGGACUGAAUACAGGAGCUAAGUGUAGAUUAUCUAUAAGUUUAAAGCAAAUUUGAACCUGACAGCAGAGCUGGGAGGCAUCACCUCUUUGCUUUAACCACACUAGAAGGUGAAAACAAUGGAAGAGUCGUACUAUGAGAACGACUGGGACAAGACCACCAUCUGGACCAGAGCCACUCCACCUCCCCCAUCUGAAUCCAGGUCCAGACGCUGGCUCCUUCCUGGACUGAUGGUUGUGGUCGUGCUGAUUCUGAUCAUAGUGCUGGGAGUUACCAACAGGAAGAUGUCCAAUCGUCUGAGGACUGUGGAGCGGAGCGUUUCCAACCUCAGUGAGAUCAUCCAGGCCCUGAACGCCUCGCUGCAUCACGCUCACGAAACAGCCAAAGAAGUGAAGCAGCUGCAGUUUGCUGUUGAGAACAACAAGGACCAGCUGAUCUCAGUGUCGGAGGCGCUGAAGCAGCUGUCGGUCAUCGACUCACUCCGCAAGAACGUCGAUGCCAUCAAAUGUUCCCUCGAUUGCAUCAUCAACAACAGUUCAGCUACAGGUGCUUGUUGUCCUCUGGGUUGGACUGUGUUUGAAUCCAGCUGUUACUACUUCAGCAGGGAGUCUCUGUCCUGGAACCAGUCCAGAGACUGGUGUGAAAAACAGGAAGCUCACCUGGUCAUCCUGCUCACCAACAAGGAGUGGGACUUUGUGACCAGUAGGACCGUGCCCCAGUAUUACUGGGUGGGCCUGUCUGACUGGAGGACUGGGAGCUGGGAGUGGGUGAACCGGACGCCGUACACAAUGGAGCCCAGGCGGUGGAAACCCGGGCAGCCUGACAGCUGGACUGGACACGGCCUUCAAGGGGACGAAGACUGCGCUAACCUUCACGAUGAUGGACGCCUGAACGACCAGCACUGCUCCACUAAGAUGCUCUUCAUCUGUCAGAAACACAGCCUGAAUGCAUGAACAUACCUGCUGUCCCGGCCCCGCCCACAAACUGCUGUAAACUAAGAAUUUGUAAUGUAACGAUGGCUUCCCACCCUCUGGAUCUCCUGUUCCACAGCUGGUUCAUGAAUGGGGCUCUAUGGAGCUGCAGAACACAAAUGUAGAUUUCAUGAGGUCUUUACCUUACAGCUUGAGGUGGCUGUUGAUGAGAUUUGGAGCCAUAUGAAUAAAAUCGAAUUGAGCUUAAUAGGAAUUGAUUAGAAUAUGGACAGCUGACUCUCAUGCCUGAAGCUACACCUGGAAAUACGCCGCCACUGUUCUGGACAUGGAGAAGAUGCUGAGUGAGAGUAACAUCUCCAACAGGAACCUCGAGCUAACGGUGCUGCACAGAGACGUGUUCACCCUGCAGUGUCGGGGGGCUGACCUCUGCUGUAGCUGUGCUACCUGUAGGCUGUGUUCACAGGAACUUUAGAACUUUUUCCCUGACAACUGUUCUCAUGAGACCAAAAAUGUCUCUCGAGUGUUACCUUCCUGUCUGUAAGGCUGCACUUGGGGUCAGUCUCUGCUUCAUGCUAGGACACUUCAUGGAUUGUAAGAAA